AUCUCCAACCAUAUUUAUUUUAUCUACUCGGAAAAUAAUUGGUACUAGUAAUACCAUUUUACAGUGUCACAAAUUAGCGAUCGGCAGCAGAACCAAACACCGUACGAUGUCGUCUUCAUUCGCGGACUCGUUCGACCAGUACGGCGGCGAUUCACCGGCGGCCGGCGAGACUCACUUAUUCGGCGACGGACACCUCGACCCCGACUCGUUUUCCAACUUCGAUUCGGCUCCGGCCUACUCUCCGCCGCCGAUCUACGCAUCCGGGGGAGAAUUCGGCUCGGAUCCCGCGUAUUUGUCAUCGGAGACAAAUAAAAAUGGACCGAUCCUGCCUCCUCCUACAGAAAUGCAAUCCGAGGAGGGUUAUGCGCUCAGAGAAUGGAGAAGACAAAACGCGAUUCGAUUGGAGGAGAAGGAGAAAAGGGAGAAGGAAGUAUUGAGCAGAAUUGUUAAUGAUGCAGAGGAGUACAAGGUUGAGUUUCACCGAAAGAGGCAACUCACUUGUGAAACCAACAAAGCUACAAACCGGGAAAAGGAGAAAGUAUUUCUUACUGGCCAAGAGAAAUUCCAUGCUGAAGUCGACAAAGAUUACUGGAAAUCGAUAGCUGACCUAAUUCCAAGAGAAGUCGCUACAAUUGAGAAGAGAAAAGGCAAGAAAGAGCACGAGAAGAAAUCCACAAUAGCCGUGGUCCAAGGGCCUAAACCUGGAAAACCGACUGACUUAGCCAGAAUGCGCCAGAUUCUUGUUAAGCUCAAACAAAACACCCCACCCCACCUGAAAUCCUCUCCACCGCCAGCAACUGAUGCUAAUGCUGCUGCCCCAAAGGCGGCAACUACUCCACCUGUGGCUGUUGCGUGAUUGUGGUAGGUUUCAUGUGGCUUUUGGAUGUAUAAACAAUUGAUAUUUUUAAGACUUUUGGACAAGAGAUUAAGCGAUUUAGUGUUUGGUGGAUUUGUUGCAUGAAUAGUAGUAUCUAUGAAGUGAUUCAAGAACCAAUUACUUUGUUUUAAAUAUUUUGUGGGUCGAAGGGUUUGAUAGUGAAGCUCCCUUUAGAUUUUGCCGGAUUAUGAUAAAAACGGAAAAAAGGACAGUAGUUUAUUAUAUUAUACUAUACUUCCGUGACAUAUUCGACUUUAAGUUAUUUGGAAAUUUGGG